AUGAGCAGUCCCACCACCGGCCGCCAGCGUGGCACUGCCUCCAAAGCGCCCCGGAAAACACCUAACAACAACCCCGACGUUAACCGCAGGGAGAACCAGCAACGUGCGCGUGCGCCUAGCGGCGCUACCCCACGAGUGCACACCCGAAAGCGCUCGAGAUCUGGACCGACUUCCGCCCUCGCCGACGAAGACGACGAUGACGACUUCGAUUCAGAGCACGACGUCAAAGUCAAGAAAGGCCGCACUACCUUCGACGAAAACGGGUACUUCAAAGAAGGCAACAAGAGCAUGCGUUACUUUGGACCUGGGUUCACGGACCUAUACUCGCCGUCCGUAUCGCAUCAACUCAUCCAUACCGGAUUGUACAACCAGAUGCCGCCCCGCGAUAAUCGUCAGCACCUUCUCCAGGGUCUGGACUGUCUCUUCGGUAUGGACGCACGCACCUGGGUAAAGGACUGGAAGAAGAAGAAGGGGGUGACAAAGCCUGUCAAAGGAGCUGCGCCGCCUGCACCGCAGCCUAUCAUUCACACGACCAGUCACUACACGUUCACACCCGGUGUCAACCGACACAUAGGCUUCGACAUCACCAAGACACCAUACGCGCUUAUCGAUUGCGCCGAGGGUGUUCAUCCUUGCAAUUUCCCCCAGGGUCUUGACCGCGGUCCCUUUACCGAAGCCCUCAUUCAAGCUCAGCUCAUGAUUUACUCGAAGCUUAUGCUGGCUGAUCUAGAUGCGUUCAUUGCGUAUUGGCUUAUCGAUCGAAAUCUUCAGGCCGGCUACAGCGAUGCGGGGUUCCUGAAGAGGCAUGUGGCGUUGCAUGAGGAAUAUCGGGCUAUGGUGAGGAAGGAUGUAGAGAGUCAUGGCUAUAGGUGGGAGGACUGA